UUGUUAUUUUCAUUUAAAGACUGCAAGAGGGUUAGUGAAACUGGUUUCUACGACAUUCUUGGUGUGAUGCCCAGUGUGUUUCUGGAAGAAUUGAAGAAGGCGUACAAAAAACUGACUGUGAAAUACCACCCUGACAAAAGUAAAGAUGAGGGAGAGAGGUUCAUACGUGUUUCUCAGGCCUACAGCGUUUUGUCAGACCCAAAGAAGCGAGAUCUUUAUCACCAGGGAGGGGAACAGGCUAUCAAAGGAGGAAUGAGAAGAGGGAGAUUCUCCUCCCCCCGCUCCAGGGGUGGAUGCUGGAUAAUCAGGAAGAGGAGAGGUGACUUAUCCCUGACAGGCAAGAAUGCUGUGCACCAGCUGCAGUGCCGACUCCAGAGGAGAUGCAAGCGAGCAGCAGCAGCACAUUUACAGAAAAUGACUUCUUCUUAUUAUUAUUAUGGUUUUCAUUAUGAUUGCAAUUAUGAUUAUGAUAAUAAUUACAAUUAUGAUUAUGGUUACGAUUAUGAUUAUGAUUAUGAUUAUCCAGGUAUUGAUGUCUUGACCACCCCAGCACCCCCAACGCCAGCCCCUGCCUCCGCGCCGUAG